CUUUGCAGGACGUCUGCGAGGACUGCAGGGGCCUGAACCUCCGCUGCUGCCUGCAGUCCGGCAGCCGCUCCUAGGGCCCUGUCGUCAGCGCAGUCGCCAGGGUCGCAGCCGUCAGCAGCAUCUCAGCUCGGAGCGGACAAGAUGGCAUCAGCUACAGACUCGCGCUAUGGGCAGAAGGAGUCCUCCGACCAGAACUUCGACUAUAUGUUCAAGAUCCUGAUCAUUGGAAACAGCAGCGUGGGCAAAACCUCCUUCCUUUUCCGCUAUGCUGACGACUCCUUCACGCCAGCCUUUGUCAGCACAGUCGGCAUAGACUUCAAGGUCAAAACCAUCUACCGCAAUGACAAGCGGAUCAAACUGCAGAUCUGGGACACAGCAGGGCAGGAGCGGUACCGUACCAUUACCACAGCCUAUUACCGGGGUGCCAUGGGUUUCAUCCUAAUGUAUGACAUCACCAAUGAGGAAUCCUUCAAUGCAGUGCAGGACUGGUCGACUCAGAUUAAAACUUACUCGUGGGACAACGCCCAGGUGCUGCUGGUGGGAAACAAGUGUGACAUGGAGGACGAGCGUGUGGUGUCAUCAGAACGUGGCCGGCAGCUUGCUGACCACCUAGGGUUUGAGUUUUUUGAGGCCAGCGCCAAGGACAACAUCAAUGUCAAGCAGACCUUUGAACGUCUGGUGGAUGUGAUCUGUGAGAAGAUGUCGGAGUCGCUGGACACAGCUGAUCCCGCGGUCACAGGCGCCAAGCAGGGCCCGCAGCUCACUGACCAGCAGGCACCUCCUCACCAGGAUUGUGCCUGCUGAGCCACCCCCACCAGGGGCAAGCCCCCACCCCACCACCCUAUUUAUUAUCGUAGCUAUUUAUUUAUUUAUUGAGGGUGUCCCUGGACGCGCCCCUCACCCCUCCUGUACACAUCCUCACCCUGCUCUGCUGUGGUGUGUUGUGGUCACUGCCCCCCUAAGACCCUCCUUUUUGGUUUUCUAAGCCACCGCAUCCACAGUUGUCGGUUGUGAAGAGGGGACCAGAUGUCACUCUGAAGCAGGCUGACGGGAGAUAGCAGGGCCUGCCAGCCCCGAGGCUGGGGGAUUGCCAAGUGGACCACUGGGUUGACAGGCUGGCAUCCUGCUUGUUACUUCUUUAUCUUUGGGAAGACAGGAUGUGGGGAAGGAAGGGAGGAUCUAUUCACCUUCACUGCUUUGGGAUAUCCCCAAACCUGUUCUGACGUCAUGAGUGUCAAAUGUGUCCCCCACUUCCCUAGAAGUUAUGAACACUACACACAGUUCAAUAAAGUGAAUGGACCUUG